AUGGCCUCCUGCUCGGAGAAGGCACGACUCCAGGGACAUUUACAAAACCGCCGCUUCACCAUCAGCUGCCUCUCUGUGAGUACAGUGGAUCGUCAAACAUUUCCAUUUUCCCAGGACAAAGCAGUCAAAUCAUGGAGUUCUCUGGAGAACCUAAACAACCUGGACCAAAGAACCGAGUGCCACAAAGCUAAAUGGAGACCUAGGCUGCAGCCAAAUGUCACUAUAAAUGUUGGAGGAAAAGUGUUUCAAAUCCCAAAACGGUGCGUUGUUAAAUACCCUCACACUCGGAUAGGCUCAUUAGCUCUCUGCAAGGACCCGACGGAACUCCUCACAUUGUGUGAUGACUACUCUGUAAUGAAGAAUGAAUUCUUUUUCGACCAUGAUCCCGCCUUCUUUCAUUACAUCUGUCAUUUCUACACAAGCGGCGUGCUGUGGAUUGUGCAAGAAAUGUGCCCCAUCAACUUUGAGGAGGAAGUUGCCUACUGGGGCCUUAACAUGAAGGACACCCAGCUUUGCUGCUUGACGCUGUUUGAAGAAAAGGUGGAUGAGGUGAAAGACAACCUGACGCUAGAGAAGGAGGUGAUGGCUGUGAUGCAGGUCAGGUGUGACAAUGAGUGCUUCAAAGACUUGAUUUUUGGGGAUAUGAGGAGGACCCUGUGGAAUAUUGUAGAGAAUCCCUACUCCUCCACUUUAAGCAAGGCCGUCACAGUGGUGUCAAACCUUUUUGUGCUUUUGUCUAUUGCUGCAAUGACUCUUAGCACUGUAGAAGAGCUUCAGUCAUAUAUGAUCUAUGACAAAACAUUCAUGGAAUGGGUGGAAAUCAUCACCGUUGUCUUCUUCACCUUCGAGUACGUCUUCCGUCUCAUCAGUACGCCUGAUAUCAAAACGUUUUUGAAGAGUGCGCUUAACUUUGUGGACAUGGUGUCAGUCAUGCCUUACUUUGUUCUGAUCAUAUGUGAAAGCUUUACCGACGGAGAGGAUUUUAUGGCACAAGAAGACCCCACAGCCGUGGCCCAGGCCAGCAAGGUCAGCCAAGUCCUCACAGUUGUCAAGUUUCUGCGAAUCUUUCGGAUUUUAAAGCUGGCACGCCAAUCAACGGGCAUGAGGGCUUUUGGGUUUACCCUGCGCCAUUGUUAUCAGCAGGCUUCUUGCAUUGCCCUCUUCAUAGGCAUGGGAAUCUUCACAUUCUCUGCUCUUCUGCACUCAGUGGAGAAAGAAACUGAGGAGUCCCCCAUCAGCAGUAUCCCUCACGCCUGGUGGUGGGCUGCCGUCAGCAUGUCCACUGUGGGCUAUGGGGAUGUGGUCCCUGUGACAGCCUUGGGCCGCAUUGUGGCUUUCGGCUGCAUCUCAUUUGGCAUUAUCCUCAACAGCAUGCCAAUCUCCCUCCUUUUCAACAAGUUCUCCGACUACUACAACAAGUUAAAGGCUCAGGAGAGCACUGCUACUUCAGCCAUGCAUCGACUUCAGCUCAAAAAGAGGCUAAAAAACCAAAAGUACAUGUGUUUCCAUACAUGUGUCUCAGACAACAAUUAG